AGGGGACGUGAUGCGCUCGAUGUGAUGCUUUUCAAUCAGUAUGGUAAUUAUGUUGUGCAAACACUGAUCAAUGUGUCGAUGGAUGUACUUGCGGAUCGAAGACCUGGCCAACAAUCAUGGUUCACGCAUGUCGUGGAUCAUGUUGUGAAACAUGCAUCGGAUUUGAGAAAGUACACGUUCGGUAAAAAAAUUCUCCAGAAACUGAGCGAGUGUGGUGUUGAAUUUGAAAUACCGCUUUUCUAA